AUGAUGAAGUUGGUGUUGGUCAUAUUGAUCGUGGCCUUGGCCUCAACACACGCAGCCAACUUGGGUUGUAUGAAUGAGGAUGGCCAGCCAGUGGACUGGUGGGUCAUCUCUAAGCAGCCACCAAUCAAGACAGAGCCAGAGAACUCACCAGCACAUAAUGGAGUGGGCUACUCAUAUGCUGAUGCCACAAGCCCCGCACUGGUCAUGUCCACUCGCUUCCUGAACGAGACCAACGCGCUGUCCUACACUCUUGAGCCACUGUACAAGACUGAGACCAAGUCCAACCCAUACCUCUGGCUAAUGUACAAUGACCAGCCAACGGGCAUAUCCGUGCCCAGCUCCUACGCUCACUCCAAGGGCGUGAUCGGCUUCUCUGACAGCCAGGGAUUCUGGCUCAUCCACAGCGUGCCCCAAUUCCCGACCGACCCACACAAGGGCGGCUACGGCUACCCAGAGAGCGGCCACGUCAACGGCCAGUCGUUCCUAUGCGUCACCUAUGGCUCGUCCGAGUUUGACGCCAUCGUCCAGACGCUCUACGUCAACAGGCCAUACGCCUACAGCUCGCUGGUGCCCACGGGCAUGACCCUGCCACUCUCCCAACUCGACAGUUUCCUCAGCGGUGGCUACGAGUCGACGGCCACAGGCAGCGCAGCCACCCUCAAGUCCAUUGGCGGCCAGGCCCUGUCCGUGUUCUACAAGAACCUGCAAUGGAACAACGAUCUGUACGAGGAGCUGGUGCAGCCACGUCUCGACCAGAACAUGGUGGUGACAUCAUGGCGCAUUGGCGCCAACAGCACCAUCAUGCCAUCAUUCUGCAAGCCAGAGUACAAGUACGACAGCGUCAACAGUCUGACGCUGCAGAUCAAGGAGCGCGAUGGCAACACCGUCUCGUGGAAGUACACCAAGGAUCACAGCAAGUGGGCUGCGUCCAUGCCAACCGAGGCGACCAAGUACAUCUGCAUUGGAGACAUCAACCGAAUGUACUCACAGUACAAGCGUGGUGGAGGCACUGCCUGUCUAGCAAUCGACGCACUCUGGCAGUCCUACUACGACACCAUCGACACUGUCAGCGGGUGUUAG